UGGUAUGCCUGGCUUGCACAAAUAAAUGUCAAAAUAUUAAAAAAUUCGAUAUAUGUAUUCACUUUGACUAUUUCUUCUUUCUUUUACAAUGAAUAGAUUUGAAUAUGCUAAUCCUCGUCUUCUACCCAACGAAUUAAACGUCAGACGUGAUUUUGGUGUACGUUUGUACGAUGGAGACGUUAAGACACAAUUUGAAGGUGGACAAUUAUAUAUUACGACUCAUCGAGCACUUUGGGGAAGACCGGAUGAUAUACCAAGAGGUAACACUUGCCUCUCAUUACCAUUAAGAUAUGUAGUUUUCCACGAAGAGGAAUCUCCAGGUCCAUUUUCUUUUAGACGUAACAAUAAAGUUAUUUUACAUCUAUCUGAACCAUCUCCUGAUAAAAUGCCUGGACCAGCGGAGAAUAGUGCCUUUAAUUAUAUUAAAUUAUCAUUCAAAGAGGGUUUGGAUUCAAAUUUUAUAAUAGAAUUAAGAGAUGUACUUAGAAAAAGAACCUGGGAAUCGGAUCCUCCUAUACCAUAUCAAUUAACCGAUAUGAAUAUUCAAAGUUUACGUAUUACAUCUAAACCAUUGCCACAAAUAAAACCACGAACGGGUAUUAUAGGUAUUGAAAGGAGUCUUCAAGAACAACAAAAGGCAACGGAUGAGAGUAUUUCUAAGGCAUUCCAAGAUCUUAAGAAGCUUAUGGAAAUGGCUAAAGAUAUGGUGGCCAUAUCUAAAACCAUCUCUGCAAAAAUAAGGGAGAGACAAGGAGACAUCACGGAGGAUGAGACUGUUAGAUUUAAAUCUUAUUUGAUGAGUCUAGGUAUCGAUGAUCCUGUAACGAGAGAUGCUUACAAAAGUAGUAAUGAAUAUUUUAAACAAUUAGCUAUGCAGCUUGCAGUUAUUUUAGAAGAACCGAUCAAGGACGUAGGUGGAAUGAUGACAUUGACCGAUGUUUAUUGUCGUGUUAAUCGAGCCAGAGGAUUAGAACUUUUGUCACCGGAAGAUUUAUUAAAUGCUAGUAGACAAUUAGCGUCUUUAAGCUUGCCUAUUGUAUUAAGGAUCUUUGACAGUGGUGUUAUGGUUCUUCAAAUUCGAUCUCACGAUGAUCUUGCAGUUGCUGAUUCUAUAGCAGAUUUAUUACAGGAAAGGGGUUCAAUAACUGCGGAGGAACUUGCACGAUCCGAAGGAAUAUCUGUUUUAUUAGCACGAGAAAGAUUGUUAGUUACGGAAAAACAUGGAAAAGCUUGCAGAGACGAUACGAUAGAAGCAUUAAGAUUUUAUCCAAAUUUAUUUUUAGAACAAAACGCGUAACCCUUAAAAGUUCAUAUAUAUAUAUAUUUUUAUCAUUGGCAUCAUGGAAUUACAAGAAAACGCAACUGCCUCUAUUAUUAUUAUUAUUAUUAUUAUUAUUAUUAUCUUAUUCAUUAAGUAUUCGUAUAAUUCUCGUGCCUUUAUAAAUCGUGCACAGUUAAGUCCAAUGCAAUGAUUAAAAAAAAAAGAAAGCAAUUUUUAUCGUCCUCGCAGUGCAUACAACGUAGCUUGUUACAAAACAAAGGUAUAUAAUCGUAAAUGUUAUAUUAAAAGAACAGAAAAAAAAAAGAAAAACAAAUGAUAUAUAUAUAUAUAUAUAUAUAUAUAUAUAUAUAUAUAUAUAGAGAGAGAGAGAGAGAGAGAGAGAGAGUAAGAGAAAGAGAGAAAGAGAGAAUGUACAAUUCAAAUCAUUUUUAUGUUAUUUUAUAUUUCAAUCAAUACAAAAUUAUAGAAAUACUAUAAGAUUUUCUGCUUCUGAUUCAUUGGUAUCCUAUUUGAUACUAUCCUAAAGAAAAAAAAGAGAGAGAGAGAGAGAAAGAAGCAGGAACUAACUGGCGUGGCAGGUAUUAACGAGCGUCAUGUAAACACACACAUAACACACAAUACUACGUACAUACAAUAAUACAUACACACAAUAAUGUAACCUUGAUGAGAUCAGCAAAAUGUCAAGGCUAGAAUGAAAUCUCUCUUUCUCUCUCUCUCUCUCUCUCUCUCUCUCUUACUCUCUCUUCUUACUGAAAUGUAUAAUUUAUAUAUACGAUAAAAAAAAAAAAAGAAAAGAAAAAAAAACUGAAUAUAAUUACAUUGUUUUAUAAUUGAGAAUACAAGUAUUAUUAAUCUUCCAGUAUGGUUACACAUAGGACGUAUGAUCAUUAAGAAUUUUAUUCUUUUUCUUUCUUUGCUGGUGCCAAUAAUUAAAAAGAAUAAAAUUUUUCUUAACCAGUUAAUUAGCAUGUCGACUAAUGUCAUUCUAUAAAUAUCAUACUCUCCUACAGGUUUUCAUAUAAAAAUAGAAUCCAUUAAAGUCUGUAUCUAUCGCUAUGGUUUAUGCUAAUUGCUUCAUUAUUAUUUUCUCUUAUUCUAUAAGAUUAACGAAUUAUUCUAUGGUAAUAUUAUAAGAGAUUUAAUUUAUCCAUGGAAAUUCUUUUAAAAAGGAUAAUUUCCAAUGUAUCAUUUGUUUUUUUUUUUUGUAAAUUAUUAUUAUAAACAAAACAAAAAAAAAAAUUAAAUAAGUAUGUACGCGCGUGUGUGUACGUGUGUAUAUGUAUACACAUAGUAUCAGAAAUAUUCAAUAUUAAUAACAGUAAAAUGAUAAUAUGAAACGUAUGAUCAAUCACAAAUUGAUUCACAUACGUAGUUUGUGGUUUGCAAUUGACAAAAGAAAACUCUUAUUGGCCGCAAAACACCAAUUGCAAGUACAAGUACGUUGACUUUGAAAGUAAGAGUUACACACACACACACACACAUAUACACCAUCGAUAAAUCUGAUCGUUUCGAACAUUCUCACCAGAUGUAUAUAUAUAUAUAUAUAUAUAUAUAUAUAUAUAUAUAUAUAUAUAUGCAUAUGCAUGUAUACAUGUUUUCAUACGUUUUCUUAUUUCAUUUGAAUUACUAUAGCAUCCAUAUAUAAUAUUUGCUGAGUCGAGAGAGUAUGGAGUUAGUACUUGGGAUGCCAUAGAGCAUUAAUAUCUAUGUUUUAACGUUACAUCAUCAUCUCGUGACUUUCUACAUCCUCUUUGAUAUAUAACCAAGCUAGAAAAAAUUUCCUCGACAUUUAAUCACGUGAAAGGGAUCUCUCUCUCUCUCUCUCUCUCUCUCUCUCUCGCUCUCUCUCUUUCUCUGUCUCUGUAUCUGUCUUGACGUAAAAGAUAAAAUUAAAAUUCGUGUUAAAUCUUAUUUUACAAAUUUAGAUGAGUCAAUGAUGGCGAGGAUUGAACUAUCAAAAAAAAAAAAGAGAUUGAUAAUCAAAGUUAGAUAAAAACAUUCAUCUAACUAGUUAUUUAGAAUAUGCUAGUCAUCGAUUAAAGAUUAGAAACUAUUAUCGAUUUUAAUUUACCAUACUUCUAUGAAACUAUAAAAAAAAAAAAAAAAAAAAGAAAAGGGAAACAGAAAUAAAAGAAACUUUUACUGAUGCGCGUUAAUAAAAUAAUAGAUCUAGUGAUACGAUUUGAUGUGAAGUGAAGAUUUUGAUCUUUUUUUUUCUUUUUCUUUUUCUUUUUUUUUUUUUUUUUCCUUUUUUGUCUUUCUUCCUUUCUUUUUCUUAAGUUGAAUUCUAACAAUAAGCUAUCUAAAUAGCUUUGACAAAAGUUUCCGAAACAAAUCUCUUCCUUUUGCUUGGGUAAUUCUCUUUCACAUGCUCUUCCUGUUUUCCCUGUCUUUUCUCGGGACAUUGCACGGCGAUUAGACUUUGCAAAAACGUUACGUGAAAUUACGUAAAGUCAUUUCCAUGAGUUUCAGAGCGUAUUGACUGUCUAAUCGGGACGAACCGUUACUUUGAUUAGUUUCCCACUUCCUUUGGCGUAUACGCAUAAGAGGACUAAGGAACCACAAUACAUACGUUUGCCCAUACAACUUUUUCUUUUCUUUUCUCUUGUUUUUUUUUCUUUUUCUUUUUUUUUACAUGACUAAGUUUCUUCUAUAGAUCGUUAAAAAAAAUAAAUGCAUAAAAGGUCUCUGCAUAUAUCUUUCGAACGAUAAUUAUCAAAGAUAGAUAUGACUUAAUUAUAAAGUAUUCUAUGGAAAAAAAAAAAGAAAGGAAAGAAAAAUAAACCAUCUCAGUUAUUUCCUGGCAACAAAACUUUUUCUUUUCUUUUCUUCUUUUUUUUUUUUUUUUUCUCCAUACAAAAUGCAUAUGAUUGUAUCAUAAAGAUGCAAUUGCAAACCGUUAACUAUUCUCGUUGCACGUAUAAACGCACGAAUUUCCAUGUAUACAUUUGUUAAUUAAUUAAUCAUCUAAAUAUAUUAUCGUGGGUAAGAUUAGUAAAGAGCAAAGGAAAGGAAGAAACGAUAACGAUUAUGGGAUCAUUAAACUUUGAAUUUCUUUAUUCAAGCACGCAUCGGAAUAAAUAAUAAAUAAUUAAUAAAUCAA